UGCAAUCACUGCAGGCGGGCUUCGCGAGGUGGCUCGUCUGAGGCUGCGCGUGUGGGGCUGCGCGUCGCGAGGAGUUCCCACGAUUCUGCCCCCCACCGCCGCCGACGCGGGCUUCCGCCACAGAUUUCUGCCAUUGAACUCUGAGGCACAGAAUGAUUUGGGAAGUAGCCGUAUUGCUCAGCGUGGUGCUGGGCGCCGGUGCUGUUACCGUGGAUGACCCCGAGGAUGGAGGCAAGCACUGGGUGGUGAUUGUCGCCGGCUCCAACGGCUGGUAUAAUUACAGACACCAGGCCGAUGCAUGCCAUGCCUACCAGAUCGUUCACCGAAAUGGGAUUCCUGAUGAGCAGAUCAUUGUGAUGAUGUAUGAUGACAUAGCCAACUCAGAAGACAACCCCACGCCAGGAAUCGUGAUCAACAGACCCAAUGGCUCCGACGUGUAUGCGGGGGUCCUGAAGGACUACACCGGCGAGGACGUCACUCCACAGAAUUUCCUCGCCGUCUUGAGAGGUGAUGAGGAAGCAGUGAAGGGCAAAGGAUCUGGAAAGGUCUUGAAGAGUGGCCCCCGGGAUCAUGUGUUCAUUUACUUUACCGAUCAUGGAGCUACUGGCAUACUGGUGUUUCCGAAUGAUGACCUUCACGUGAAGGACCUGAACGAGACCAUCCGUUACAUGUACGAACACAAAAUGUACCAAAAGAUGGUCUUCUACAUUGAAGCCUGUGAGUCUGGGUCCAUGAUGAAGCACCUGCCCACCGACAUCAACGUUUAUGCGACCACCGCUGCGAACCCCACAGAAUCGUCCUACGCCUGUUACUACGAUGAGAAGAGGUCCACGUACCUGGGGGACUGGUACAGCGUCAACUGGAUGGAGGACUCAGAUGUGGAGGAUUUGACCAGAGAGACCCUCCACAAGCAGUACCAGCUGGUGAAGUCCCACACCAACACCAGCCACGUCAUGCAGUACGGGAACAAGUCCAUUUCCACCAUGAAAGUGAUGCAGUUUCAGGGAAUGAAACACAAAGCCAGCUCUCCUAUCUCCCUGCCUCCGGUCACACACCUGGACCUCACCCCGAGCCCCGAGGUGCCCCUCACCAUCCUGAAAAGGAAGCUGAUGAGCACCAAUGACCUGCAGGAGUCCAGGAAUCUCAUGGAGCAGAUCCACAGGCAUUUGGAUGCAAGGCACAUCAUCCAGAAGUCAGUGCAGAAGAUCGUCUCCUUGCUCACCAGCUCAGAGGCUGAGGCCGAGGGGCUGCUGUCGCGGAGAGCCGAGCUCCGGGCCCACGAGUGCUACCAGGCCGCCGUGUCCCACUUCCGCACACGCUGCUUCAACUGGCACUUGUCCACGUACGAGUAUGCUCUGAGACACCUGUACGUGCUGGUCAACCUUUGUGAGGAACCUUACCCGAUUGACAGAAUACGGCUGGCCAUGGACAAGGUGUGCCUUCAAUACUACUGAAACACUGCCUCCCUGAUGCUUUUCCACGAGUGAACACUGUCCCUCACAACGUGUGCUUAGUUGGAAGAGGGGGAGCCGGCAGGAGGCCGCCCCAGGAGCUCCGGGCUCGCCUAGGCAAUGCGGUCAGGCCACCUGCCCUGCGGGCCUUACCUCCUUCCCCAGCUCCUGCAGGUCCUUUGUGCCACUCCAAUAAAACUACACAUUGGCCUGGGUAAAGCUCAGUGUGGAGAAAGGUAUAUUUGCUUUUAGAGGAGAUUUUUGGGCUUAUUUGUUUCCAGAAGCAGGAAGUUGACCCCGGGGGGGCGGGCAGGAGGUUCUGCCGCUGGUGAAGGGUUCUGAGGAAUUGGAAGCUGGAACCUCUUGAGUCUUUAGAGUGACUUUAUCAAAGAGGGAUGGAAGCCCCAGAUGGAAUAGUAUGUUUAGGAAAUACUUUGAUUUGUUAUUGUUUUUGUAUCUUUAUUUAUCAGCAGUGGGCAAGGCUUAAACAAAAGAAAUAAAGAUUUAUCACUGAACCUGAACAUUCAUUUCAGGCCCCUGACUUGGCCCUGAUGCUCCUGGCCACAGCUGCCCUUCCCCUCCCCCGCCCUGCUGUCCCUGCCCCUCUGUGCUCCCGGACUCUUCAGCCUUCUGUGCCUUUGUGACCUGCUGGUCCCCUCGCCCCAGAGUGCUUUUCCCUCACGGGAUAGAUUCUCAGGGUGUAUCUCAAGGGCCACUUCGCCCUUGAACCUUCUUCAACUUCUUCCUGUCCCCUCCCACGCUCCCACCCCCAUGUAAAGUCCUAUCUCCCGUCUGUCUGCGUUGUUUAGCAUCGGGCACGGCUAGUGUCGGGACUGGCUUUCCCAGACGGGGAGGGGGUGUCUCAGUUCCCGGGGCGCAGAGCUGCCUGGCUGUUUGCCUCGGCCCGGUGCCCCACGCAGGGAGGGGCUCCCAAGGGGCUUGCUGAAGACGGGUCAGUAACACGAACUACAUCCAUGCAGUGGAAUAGCCUAGAGAGAUGAAAAGGAAUGAGGCACCGAUGCCCGUUAGGACACGGAGUCUGAGUCAAGUCACCAGUCACCGAUUACGGCUAAUGUGCAGAAUAAGCCGGUCUGUGGAGACGGAGGGUCGCAGGCAGCGGGGACAUAGUGAUCGCUGAUUGGUACGCAGGUCUUUUGGGGUGAUUGAAAGUGUUCUGAAACGGACUAUGGCAAUGUUCACACAACUCUGAAUAUACAAAAGGUCACCAAACUGUACAGCUUAACUGGAAUUAUGUGGUUUGCUCCUUAGAUGUCAGUGAUGCUGUUUUUAAAAGUAAGCCAUAGAGCCUAGUGCUAUUUACAGAGAUAGAUAGACGGACGCAGAGAAGGCAGGUGACCCCACCUAAGUGUUCACCCUCAUGACCCUGUCUUUAUGUCAUGACAUAUGUCUUCUUUAGCAACAAUCAAUGCCUUUAAAGUUUGGAGUUAAGGAUUAGAAGUUGGGACACUGGUCGGUAGGCUUAUGUCUGUGACUAAUUCCGGGUGAUACUUCGGUUUCCAGUGGGUCAUUUUUCAUCAUGGAUUAUCCUUCCUCAGGGAGGUGGGCCUUGAGGCUAAUCUCAUGACUUCAGGGAAAAGAACUCUUACUGUCCUAAAGACUUGGGGACACUCUAGGGUUUUAGGUGACAAGUACAAGAAGCCUGCUGUGUCUUACCGUAAACUCAUGUUCAAUGAUGGGCAAACCUGAGGGCUGGCUGAUGAUCUAAGAAAAGGAGGCACUGAAAAGGAGAAUUGGGAAAGAAAGCUUUUAGGAGGCCUCAAGAUACAGAUGGCAGAAAGCUCUAUUCCUCUGUUCUCACAGAUUGUUAACCACCCUUGUGAUCCUGGUUCUCUGGGUCCUCUCUGUAGAAUGAAAGCAGACGUAUCUAUUUAAUAAACACAGAAGCUUGAAUAUUUGUGGUUCUAAAAGUUAAGAGUGGCUGUGUUUUGUUUCUCAAAUAAAUGAUGAUUUUUUGUCACA